UACAUACAUACAUACAUACAUACAUAAUUACACACACACAGAGUGAGGGAAAGAAAGAAGAAGACAGUGGGAAAGGCGAAUGAGUUAGGUAGAAAUUAGGAUGUUUUAUACUAAAUAACUUACAUAAUUUGGAAAAUUUAUUCGACAGAACAUUUGACAUACAUACGCGUGCAUACAUACAUACAUUGCAGUAGGCCCGUCGUCAGACAUUGGUGCUUGGGGUACUUCAGAAUAUUCUGGAUGGGCACUAAUUUGUAAUAAUGUGAAAGUGGAGUUUCGAAACUAUAGUAAUACGUGUAUUACUAUAGAUCUGAAGGUGCACCAUUGAAUAGUAAAGGGGAAGUGCCGUCCAGUUACCAAGUUAUCGACAGGUAUACAUUCAAACAUUCACACACACAUAUAGUCGUUUUUAUUUAUUUUUUGUAAUAUAUUAAAAGUAUUCCCCCCAUUUCUUAACAGGAGAAAGAAGCGGGUAGUUAAAAUAUACAAAGGAAAGAAAGAGAAAAUAAUAUGAAAGUAACAAUUUCUCUCGUAAGUUAGCUGUUGUGAAGAACUUUUGAAGGAUUUGGUUGAAAGAUUGAAAAGAAGGUUCGAUUCUGCAGAGAAAGUAAACAAGUGAUUAUUUGGAAAUGUCAGAAACGGAAUUACAAGAAGUUGCGGACGGAGAUGAAGCUAGCGAAAAAGUAAACCCGGUAGAAGUACCAGUAGCAAAGGAAAAAUCAGAAAUAAUUGAAGAACCAGAAAGUACGUCGGAAGUAUUAGACAAAGAAACCAGAAUAAAGGAACCAGAAGUAGAAGAAGAUUCAAAGGAACCAGAAGUAGAUUCAAAAGAAACCGAAGAAGAUUCAAAAGAAACAGUAGAAGAUUCAAAAGGAACAGAAGAAAUAAAAGGAACGGAAGAAGGAAAGAUAGAAUUAGAUAGGUUGGAAGAUUCUACAGAUGUGGGAGACCAAAAUGGAAAAAUUAAAGAAGACGAGGUUGUAGAGCAGGUUGCCAAGCCAGUAGAAGAGGAAGAAGAGAUCCUCGAAGAGGUACCAGAUAAUAUUUUGUCAGAAGAAGUAAUUAAAGAAGGGAUCUCUUUACUACGGAGAAUAGGAAAUGGUCUGGCUUAUUCCUUCAUUAAACUUGAUCUCAGUAAUAGGAAGAUAACCGAUAUUUCAAUCCUGGAGAGAUAUGUUCAUCUGAGAAUUGUUAAUGUAAGCAACAACUAUUUGACUGAUCUAAAGGCCUUCAACACAUUAACGGAUUUGUUGCAGCUGACCGCCAACAAAAACCGCAUUGCCAGCAUAAUGCUUGAGCCGUGUCCCUUUCUGCAAUAUAUCUCCAUCAACAACAACAGGAUAAAGGAUGUCUCUGAAGGAAUUUCGCACCCACUUAUUAGAUACAUAGACCUUAGCAACAAUAAAAUCAAAGAACUGCCACCAUUCGAUGGAUCAGAAUUCCAGCAUCUUACCGUUCUCAAAAUUGAAGGAAAUAGAAUUGAAAACAUUGAGACAUUCAAUAUACCAAAUCUGAAAAUACUGCAUCUUGGUCAAAAUAAGAUCAUAUGCACUGAAUGGGUUUUGGACCUGGUUAAUUUAGAAGAACUGAAGCUCAACAGCAAUUUAAUUGAGACAACUAGUGGCUUUAAUGCCGAGAUGAAGAAACUGAAAUAUGUUGACCUGAGAGAUAAUAGAAUAGCACAGUACUUUGACCUGACCCAAAUGUCUACUCUGCCACAACUGAAGACCUUAAUGCUGAGUGAAAAUCCCAUAGCUACGGAUGACGAAUUCCGUAUUGAAGUUCUGAAUGUCUUGAAGACUCUCACAGUCUUGGAUGAAGAGGAAGUUACUGAUGAAGAGCAAGCAGACGCAAGGGACCUUGCCAGGCAGCGCCGUAAUUCUGAGCUGUUACCACCUGAAGGGAUUCUUUCCUAGUCCACUUGUCUGGCUGGCACCAACCCUCUUCACUGAUGGCACCAAAUACAACUCCAGGAAUGUUUCUGUCGUAUUUAUAUUGUAUUGAUAAGAUAAUGAUCUAAUAUUGAUACAAUAUUGCUGUGGAUAUUGAAAAUGUAUUGAUUUGUUGAUUUAAAACUGAAAUAUAUAAUGUUGAUAUAAUAUUUGUGCUUUUAUGAUGUAAUACUUAUGAAAUAUUGUUGUGAUAUUGGUGUAAUAUUGAUGCGAUAUUAUUUUUGAAUACAAUAAAGGGGUUUAGUUCCUUGGUUGUGUCCUAAACCCAGACUUUGCUUACUUGCAA